AUGGACUUUGUGGAGACCAAGUACCCACAUGAUGACACAAUGAAGGCUCUUGGGAUCUUUGAGGAUGUGGAGCUAGUCCUCAAGAACAUGCGCUUGGCCAAGUUCUUCUCUCACCGCAUGGAGUCAUACAAGGAGCUCACUUGCAGUUGGAGAUCUUUUGGUUUCACUAUGGAGAGGGAACCAUUGGGAAUCAAGGAGAUGAGCUCCAAAGAGUAUGGGCUACAAUUGCUGAAGAGGAUACUCUUCCUCAAGGUCCAAGGCUGCUCAGAUCAGGAAGCCUGUGCUAGAUAUGUCCACAAGGCUCUUGCCAACACCUUCUUUGCAAGGAAAGCCACUGGACAAUCAAUGAGGAGAGGUGAAGCUCCUUGA